AUGUCUUCUCAAGUCGUUCCUAAAACCCAGAAGGCCAUUGUCUUUUAUGAAACAGACGGUAAAUUGGAAUAUAAGGAUGUUGCAGUUCCGGAGCCUAAACCUAAUGAAAUUCUAGUUCACGUUAAAUAUUCUGGUGUUUGUCACAGUGAUUUACACGCAUGGCACGGUGAUUGGCCAUUUCAAUUGAAAUUUCCAUUAAUUGGCGGUCAUGAAGGUGCCGGUGUUGUUGUUAAGUUGGGAUCCAACGUUAAGGGAUGGAAGGUCGGCGAUAUUGCAGGUAUCAAAUGGUUGAAUGGAACUUGUAUGUCCUGUGAAUACUGUGAAGUGGGUAACGAAUCUCAGUGUCCUCACUUAGAUGGUACUGGUUUCACUCAUGACGGUACUUUCCAAGAAUAUGCGACUGCCGAUGCUGUUCAAGCUGCUCAUAUCCCACAAAAUGUUGACCUUGCGGAAGUCGCCCCUAUCUUGUGUGCCGGUAUCACUGUUUAUAAAGCUUUGAAAAGAGCUAAUCUGAUGCCCGGCCAGUGGGUCACUAUAUCUGGUGCCUGUGGUGGUUUAGGUUCUUUGGCCGUCCAAUAUGCUCUGGCAAUGGGUUACAGGGUCAUUGGUAUUGAUGGUGGCGAAGCCAAACAAAAAUUAUUUGAAGAAUUACAUGGGGAAAUCUUUAUCGAUUUCACAAAGGAAAAGGAUGUUGUUGGCGCUGUCAUCAAGGCUACUGACGGUGGCUCUCAUGGGGUUAUCAAUGUGUCUGUUUCUGAAGCGGCCAUCGAGGCGUCUACGAGGUACUGUAGACCCAAUGGUACCGUUGUCUUGGUUGGUAUGCCAGCUCAUGCUUACUGUAAGUCUGAUGUGUUCAACCAAGUCGUCAAAUCCAUUUCUAUUGUUGGAUCUUGUGUUGGAAACAGAGCUGAUACAAGGGAGGCUUUGGAUUUCUUUGCUAGAGGCCUGAUCAAGUCUCCAAUUCAUUUAGCUGGUCUAUCAGAUGUUCCAGAGAUUUUUGGAAAGAUGGAAAGGGGUCAAAUUGUGGGUAGAUAUGUUGUCGAUACUUCUAAAUAG